UGACAAAUAAAUUUCAUGAGAUUGGGCUUACUCAUUAUCGUAGGGAUGGGGAUAAAAAGAUCCUGACUUCAUGGGGUAAUGACUGUUGGGUUGGGGUGCUGAGAGAGAACUACAACACGUCAGUGUGGGGACAGGGAUAACAGGAAAUCUGUCAUUUUUUACACACAGAUUUUAUUUUUUCCUUGGAUCUGUCUUUUUGCAUAACUUAGGAUUAGGAAUACCUUUGUGUGUAUAUUAUACAUCCUGGAAAAUGACCAAAGAUACGAUUGGAGAGACAAGAACAAGAAGUUGUGCGUCCCCACAACCCCCAAACAGCCUGAUGUUGGACAAGACCAAUAACAACGUGUCGCCCACAGAAGGGGGUAGACUUUCCAACGCAACCAACAGGCAGAAAAGAAACAGAAAGAGAAGAACAGAAAACAUCCCUAUCCGGCGGUUUGAAGAUAUUUACUAUCCUACAGGAGAAGUACUGGGAGAGGGGGCCUAUGCAACAGUGACAUCUUAUGAACACCAUCUGACACAUAAAGAAUAUGCAGUCAAGGUAAUUGACAAAAAACUUGGCAAGCCACGCCACAAAGUUUUUAAAGAAAUUGAAAUCUUCCAUCACUGUCAAGGACAUGAAAAUAUUUUACAACUUAUUGAGUACUUCGAGGAGGAAGAAAUGUUUUAUUUAGUUUUUGAAAAAAUGGAAGGAGGCACUUUGUUAGAAAAUAUUGAAAGAAGAGGAUAUCUGACAGAACAAGAAGCAAGUGAAGUUGUCAGAGAUAUUGCAAAAGCUUUAGAUUUUCUCCACAAAAAAGGCAUUGCUCAUCGGGAUCUCAAGCCUGAAAAUAUAUUAUGUGAAAAAGAGGGAGAGGUUGUCCCGAUAAGAAUCUGUGAUUUUGAUCUUGGCAGUGGAAUAAAGGUGGACGGGGAGUUUUCACCUGUCACCACACCUGAACUCCAGACUCCAGUUGGUUCUGCAGAGUACAUGGCACCUGAGGUCGUGGACACCUGGGUGAGCGAUGAGGCAACACCUUAUGACAAGCGAUGUGACCUAUGGAGUCUGGGUAUCAUAACGUACAUCAUGUUGUGUGGCUACCCACCUUUCUAUGGUAGUUGUGGUACAGACUGUGGCUGGGAGAGAGGAGAGGCGUGCCAAGCUUGUCAGGAUAUGCUUUUCAAAAGAAUCCAAGACUCGGUGUACGACUUCCCAGAGAAUGAGUGGAGCAAUGUGUCUGAGGCGGCUAAGGACCUGAUCCGUCAUUUACUGGUCAGGGACCCAUUUUCUCGUUACACUGCUGCCCAGGUGUUGGAGCACCCAUGGCUGAUCAAGGAACAGCGCCAGGUGCCUUUAGAAACUCCAAAAGUUUUAACAAGAAACAAUAGCACCAAGAACCUGGAGGCAUUUGCAGAAAGUGCUGUAUCUUUCAAUCGGCUCAUGUUGCAGCAUAUGGCCAUCUCAGAGACGAAACCCCCCACAUUUUACUGUGGCAGCAGCAGAGAGAACUCCACAAGCAGCAACUCUACCAGCACAGGGGAACCUCAGCGCGCCAUGUUCCAGAUUGGGGAAGAGGACGAAGACGAGAAUUUAAGUAGCGACUCAGGAUCCGUGUUCGGGAGCAUAGAACUGACUGACUCAAAAUGCAAAAAAUCCUUGUCUGAGGAGAAAGUUGUUCCAAAGCUAAAGAGUGGACUCUCUCCCCCCGGGACCUCAAAACUUGCCUUAAGACGUGCAAUGCAACACACACAGCUCGGAAGCAUCAGUGACCCUGCGAACACUAGUGUAAAUACUGUGAAAACAAUUGAAGUAUCUCAGGGCUAGAAGUGUAUGACAUCAGCAGGUUCUGCCUGCUAUCAGUAGAUAUACAAGCUGAAAAUCCACCAACAGGAAACUGUUUUAUAAGUCUGUGAAAUGUGUAUUUUUGAAUGUAUAGAUGGGGCUUUGUUGCAAGAUAAGCACAUUUGAUCUAAUUAUCUGAGAUCCAAGAAAAAAAUAUGUAUAUAUCCAGCUGUGAUGUUUGCUAAGCAUUUGGAUCAGGAGGUUAUCAUAGCUUAUGAUGUACAUAGUCAGAGGCUUGGAAUGAUAUUUAGGUUCUGACCAUUUGGCUGGUGCUGCUGAUGGCUACCUCAGUUAUAUUGACCAGCAUUGACUUUGCAGGGGUAGCGCUAGCAAUUUUUGUCACUUAGCCAAAUCACCUCUUUUUUGUCAAUUUGUUAUCAAAAUGGUUAUAAUUU